AGGGAAAACGAGAAACGGGUCUUGUACCUUGUGUAUAUGAACUCGUCGUUGUCAAAUCAGUCUACUGAGUCCUGAACUAAACAAAAAUGGCGACCGCUCGUCCGACCGUCUCUGUCUACAUGGCUGACAAGCCAGGUGAGACCGCCAAGAAGGGCGUCUGCCUUCCUUCGGUGUUCACCUCCCCGUUGCGCCCGGAUAUCGUCCGCUAUGUCCACCGCAACAUGAACAAGAACAAGCGUCAGGUAAAAUUUGAAACGAGAUGAAGUUCGUUCUAGUAUUUUUGGAUCCUGCAUAGUUCCUUCAUCGUAGAACAAGCGUUGACGAGCCUAGAAGAUGGCCUAAAAUCAAACUUAGGUUUCAAAUCUCGAUGUACGUGUGUAGGAUUCUAAAUCGUGCGUUCGCGACUCUGUAGUUUUGAUACUCAAAUCUAAAAAGGUGAUGUCUCAACACCAAUCGAAAUCCCAAACUCCAAUCUAAAAACAGGCCCAAGGCGUCAAGUACGAGGCUGGUUACGAUACUGCUGCUGCCUCUUGGGGUACCGGUCGUGCCGUCGCUCGUAUCCCGCGUGUCCCGGGUGGUGGUACCCAUCGUUCUGGUCAGGCUGCCUUCGGAAACAUGUGCCGUGGUGGUGGUAUGUUCAACCCGACCAAGAUGUGGCGCCGCUGGCACCGAAAGACCAACGUGACGCAAAAGCGUCACGCUAUGGCCACCGCUAUCGCUGCUUCGGCCGUCCCAGCCCUCGUCAUGGCCCGAGGACACAAGGUUGAGGAGGUACUGAGACCAAUUCACUGUCUAGGUUCUGUGGAACCAUGUCGCGUUUUUGCAAUUCAUCUUGUUUCUGUGAAAUAAUGAAUCUUUGGAGAAGAUUGAUCGUUUUAUGGGAAGACUGUUCUUUCCUUGAGCAACACUCAAUCCACAACACUCAUCAUCAAAAACUUUAGGUUCCGGAAUUCCCGUUGGUCGUCUCUGAUGACGCCAACAAGAUCGAGAAGACCAAGUCUGCUGUCGCCUUGUUGAAGGAACUCGGAUGCGGUGCUGAUCUCGAUAAGGUCUCCGACUCCAAGAAGGUCCGUGCUGGACGCGGAAAGGCUCGCAACCGUCGUUACGUUAUGCGCAAGGGACCCCUCGUCGUCCACAACAUGAGCAAGGAAGCCAUGACUGAAGGUACGUUACAGUUCUGAUUUCUAGAAUCUCUGAUACCAACCUGUGAUACAAUGAUGUCUUAGCACGUCUGGACGAAUCUGUGGUACUUCGAAUAUCCUCCUCUGUACCCAAAGAUGAUGACACUCUAUUUCUGGGAUCAACCAUCUGACUCUUGAGCUUUUCGGAGCUGAGAUUGUGGGGAUCUAAAAACGACAAGCAUAUGUCUGACCACAGCUUCUGCCAACCUUGUGUCAUAUCAUUUAGAAGGGGAAUAUCAAGAUGACAUUACAACCUUGGGAUCAACCAUCUGACCUUUCCGUGAGGUAUGGAGACCUAAAUUUACGACAAGCAUAUGUCUGACCACGACUCCUAUGUCUUACAAUCCGCUCUGAUCUCGGUGUGGCGUCCUAAAUUCAUGCUGGCUGACUAAGUACCUCGAUCCAAAUGUUCGAAAUCGUGCGCCAGUCCAUGCUUACGCUCAACAUUUUCUUGUGAGCGCAUCUGACUCCAACCGUCGAACGUGGAAACACUUGCCCAGUUAGGACUUCCGAUCUGAUCAAAAACAUCAACAUCACCACCAUAACAUAACAUCCAUCCCGAAAUCAGGUUCCUCUUUGGUGAAGGCUUUCCGCAACAUCCCGGGUGUCGAGAUCGCCCACGUCGAUCGCCUCAACUUGUUGCAGCUGGCUCCGGGUGGCGCUUUCGGCCGCUUCGUCAUCUACACCGAGUCCGCCAUCAAGCGUUUGGGAGAACUCUUCGGUUCCUACAAGACCGGUUCCUCCUUGAAGAAGGGCUACACCCUUCCGCGUCCGGUCAUGGCCAACGCCGAUGUCGCUCGUAUCAUCAACAGUAAUGAGGUUCAGUCUGUCCUCGUUCCGCGCAAGGAAGCCGUCAAGGGAUACCGCCAGCGCAAGAACCCGUUGAAGAACCGAUCCGUGCUCGGACGUCUCUGCCCAUGGGCAGUGACCGCCAAGCGCUUGGCCGCCUUGGCCCACAAGAAGGGAUCCGCUGUCCAGAAGUCCUUGGCCGCCAAGAAGGAGAAGAACGCCGCCAAGAAGGUCGCCCUGAAGGCUUCUUCCAAGGCCUACUUCAAGGAGCUCCAGGCCGCCUACAAGCCGGUCGCCGCCGCCACUGAGGAGGCUGCUGACGAAGAGUAAAUGUAAAUUUUCUUCUUCUACAACGGUGUGAAUGGAGACUAGACUAGUAGUUCGCAACUACGAAGAAGAUGGUAAAACAACUUCUAGUAGUCGUGGGGAAGAAAGAGGCGGACACCUCGAGUCGUAAAGUGCAACAGGUGGAAGGCAAGGAGGAGCUGCCGAUCUGAUGCGCGGAAACGGAGGAGAAGAAUAUCUCUCUCAAUAUACGAGUGCUUCUUGUAACUUGUUCCUUCAUGAUCAAGUCAUGGAAAUUACGAUGUAUGAAGGGGGAAGAUGAAAGACGGGACCGAAAAACAAGGGAUAUGACUGAUGUGAUCGCAUUGACUUCUCGAUGCUGUGGAAUUGAUAUGCGAAACCAAUCGUCAUGUUUUUUGUUAUCAGGAUGAGACUAAUAGACAACGAACGUCACCCCCUGGCACGCGCCAGGUACGAAGCCGGCCCUUCAGGCAUUAGGUCGAUCGAAGUAUGGGUCGUGCGCUGUUCAAAAUUUGUUAGCGC